GCGACACGAUGACGCGAUGAGCGCAGAACACAAGACGCAGGAGAAUGGCGGAGCGCAUGUGGCGUGAGAUGGUCAACAGAGAGCGCAAACGCAUGGAUGCCGAGUAUCGCAGCGGCCGGAACCAUAUACAACGCAAAACAGCGGAGAAUCUAGUGCUGAGCGCUGAGCAGAGCAAUGAAUGCAUAGCGAGCAUGACGCGCCGCUGUAAACUAUAAGUAUUGUCGAGGACGGCGUAGAGGACGCGCGGAACGACCAGCGCAACAAGGAGUACAAGCGCCUAAGCGCGCUGAGGCGGCCGAGCGGAUUUGGAAGGUGAAGCGCCAGCCACUGCUGACUAAGAACUGUAAAGGAUAGCUCGGCAUGGCACGGCACGAAAUCCUCUUGUGGAGGGAUCUGGUCGUUGGUAGCGGCAACCUCAGCAAGCUUCCAAGACCUCUAGCAAAAUGUCUAAACGCGUUGUCGGUGCCUCUGGCCAGAAGUAUCGGAUGACCCUCGGUCUCCCGACUGGUGCCGUUCUCAACUGCGCGGACAACAGCGGUGCGAAGUCGCUCUUCGUGAUCGAACCCUACGGCACUGGUGCACGUUUGAACCGUCUCCCCGCCGCCUGUGCGGGUGACAUGAUCCUCUGCUCGGUGAAGAAGGGUAAGCCAGAGCUGAGGAAGAAAACCAUGCCUGCUGUCGUAGUUCGCCAGCGGAAGGCGUGGCGUCGCCGGGACGGCGUCUUCCUCUACUUCGAGGACAACGCCGGCGUCAUCGUCAACCCCAAGGGUGAAAUGAAGGGCUCUGCUAUCACUGGCCCAGUCGCCAAGGAAUGCGCGGAUCUCUGGCCACGUAUCGCAUCAAACGCGGGUACUGUCGUAUAAGCGUUCCUAUCCUUAUUUCCCAGUCUUCUCCUUCUCUCAUGUUUUGUACUGCAUAUGACUGUGACCACAAUGCUUUACUUUGGUUCCAAUCGUCUUUGCGUACGCACAACAAUGCAUUCCGCGCGUUAUUGCACGUCUGGCAGCACUGAGGAUUUCU